AUGGCCGCCAAAGUUUUACUGGUUUUUUGCGCACAGGUCUUUUUCGUUCAGGUGUCGUUAUCCCAAUGCAUCGGUUAUGAUGCGUACCCAGGCCCUAUAGGAGCUUGGGGCUAUGACGGAUUAGGUCCCAUCGACGGCUACGGAUUUGGGCCAUACGAUGGUCUCGGCGCGCCCUGGUCUGGUGGCUGUGGAGGUCUCAACCCCGCUAACUUAGCGGCAUCAUACGGCGGUGGACUAGCCGUCACCAGCAUAUCACCAAUCGCACCAACCGGAAUCACGGUAAACUCCGAGAAUGUCAUCGAAGGUACCGUUAAUGUGUUUGGUCAGCUGCCGUUCUUGGGCGCUGUGGCCACCGACGGUACAUUUGGCACGAACGGUGUUGGUACUGUUCUGUAUGGCUGCGGCGAUGGUGCCAUUGGCAUCACGAAUGAAGCUCCCAUCGCUCCCGCUCCUGGUUACGGCCCAGGCUACGGGCCUGGAUACGCAGGAGGCUACGGGUGGAAUGAGUUCAACGCUCCCGGACCGUACGGAUGCGGAUGCGGUCUCUACUAA